GCAGGAGGCGGGAGAGUGAGGGAAAGACUGGAAGACGAGGAUGUUCCCUCAGUGAGAGGAAGAUUUGCACAAUGGCAGUUUUUGAUACUCCUGAGGAGGCCUUUGGUGUCUUACGUCCAGUCUGUGUUCAGCUCACAAAGACCCAGACAGUGGAAAAUGUGGAACAUCUGCAGACACAAUUACAAGCCGUGAGUGACAGUGCCCUACAGGAACUUCAGCAGUACGUCCUCUUCCCCUUGCGAUUUACCCUCAAGACCCCAGGUCCCAAAAGAGAGAGCUUGAUCCAGAGUGUGGUGGAGUGCCUCACGUUUGUCCUCUCUUCAACAUGCGUGAAAGAGCAAGAGCUUCUCCAGGAACUCUUUUCGGAACUUUCUGCCUGUCUAUAUUCGCCCAAUUCCCAAAAACCUGCAGCUGUGUCAGAAGAGUUGAAAUUGGCUGUGAUCCGGGGACUUAGCACCUUAAUGCACUCGGCUUAUGGGGACAUCAUUCUGACUUUUUAUGAGCCCUCCAUCCUUCCUCGAUUAGGAUUUGCUGUGUCUUUGCUGUUAGGUUUGGCAGAACAAGAGAAAUCAAAGCAAAUUAAAAUUGCUGCCUUAAAAUGUUUACAAGUUCUACUCUUUCAAUGUGAUUGUCAAGACCAUCCAAGGUCCUUGGAUGAGAUUGAGCAACAGCAGCUGGGGGAUUUGUUUGCUUCUUUUUUACCUGGAAUCUCAACUGCACUAACAAGGGUUAUUACAGGAGAUUUUAAACAAGGUCACGGCAUUGUUGUAUCUUCUCUAAAGAUCUUUUACAAGACAGUGUGCUUCAUUAUGGCUGAUGAACAGCUCAGGAGAAUCUCAAAGGUCCAAGCAAAACCUGCAGUGGAGCAUAAAGUUGCAGAGCUAAUGGUUCAUAGGGGAGCAGAUUGGGUGAAAAAUACUGGCGACAAGUUGGCAAUCCUUAUUAAAAAGAUAACUGAGUGCAUUUCAGUUCACCCACACUGGAAGGUGAGGUUGGAACUGGUAGAACUUGUGGAGGCGCUUCUUUUGGAGUGCAGUCAAUCACUAAUUGAGUCUGCUGGUUCCCUCCUGAAGGCUUUAGUGGGCCUAGUAAAUGAUGAGAGUCCUGAAGUUCAAUCCCAGUGCAAUAAAGUUCUGAGACAUUUUGCAGAUCAGAAAGUAGUGGUGGGCAACAGAGCCCUUGCUGACAUCUUGUCAGAAAGUUUACAUUCCCUUGCCACAUCUCUUCCCCGCCUAAUGAACUCACAAGAUGAUCAGGGCAAAUUCUCCACUCUCUCCUUGUUCCUCGGUUAUCUAAAACUCUUGGGCCCAAAAGUAAACUUUGUCCUCAACUCUGUGGCCCAUCUCCAGCGCCUUGCCAAAGCGCUCAUCCAAGUUCUAGAACUAGAUGUGGCUGACGUCAAAAUUGUAGAGGAGCGGCGGUGGAAUGCUGAAGACCUGGAUGCCUCUCCAAAUGCCUCAUCUGCGCGGCCAUGGAACCAAGUCCAGAGGAGAUACUUCCGAUUCUUCACUGAUGAGAGAGUGUUCCUGCUCUUACGGCAGGUUUGUCAGCUUCUUGGUUAUUAUGGGAACCUUUAUUUGCUUGUGGAUCACUUUAUGGAACUGUACCACGAAUCUGUGGUUUAUCGGAAGCAAGCCGCCAUGAUCCUUAAUGAACUGGUUACAGGAGCUGCUGGACUGGAGGUGGAGGAUCUUCACGAAAAACACACUGAAACGAGCCCAGAGGAACUGAGAGAGAUUGUGACGUCUAUACUUGAAGAAUAUAUAAACCAAGAAAACUGGUAUUUGGUUACCUGUAUUGAAGCUGAGGAGGGAGAGGAGCUAAAGAAGCAGCCAUGCCUCCAGGCCAUCACAUCCAGUGUGCACACCCAAGUUCUUUCUUCUCCAGCCUUCUCAAAGCCAAGUCCCACUAUCUGCUCCAUGAACAGCAAUAUCUGGCAAAUAUGCAUCCAGUUGGAAGGGAUUGGCCAGUUUGCAUAUGCACUAGGAGAAGACUUUCGUUUGCUCUUGAUGUCAGCCCUCUAUCCAGUACUGGAGAAGGCUGGAGACCAAACAUUGCUUAUUAGUCAAGUGGCUACGAGAACUAUGGUAGAUAUUUGCAACGCUUGUGGCUAUGACUCCCUGCAGCACCUGAUCAAUGAAAAUUCAGAUUAUUUGGUGAAUGGCAUCUCUUUAAAUCUGCGCCAUCUAGCUCUGCACCCUCAUACCCCAAAGGUCUUGGAAGUCAUGCUACGGAACUCAGAUGCUAGCCUGCUUCCUUUGGUGGCAGAUGUGGUUCAAGAUGUCCUGACUACCCUGGACCAAUUUUAUGAUAAGAGAGCUGCUUCUUUUGUCAGCGUUCUGCACGCCUUACUGACAGCAUUAGCCCAGUGGUUCUCAGACACAGGAGAUGCGGAGCAACUCCAGGAGCGAAGUUUAGAGGAGGAGGGAAGUCAUUCAUGCCAAACACCAACACCCCUUGAGAACAGCACUACAGCCGAGCAUGUUGAACAGUUCGUGCUGAACUACCUCAAAGAGAAGGAUGUGGCAGAGGGAAAUGUCUCAGAUUUUGACAAUGAAGAAGAGGAGUUAUCAGACCCUCCCAAGGUAGACGAGAAUGACACCCUUCCAGAUGCGGAGCCGCCACUUCCAGUGCAGAUCCAAAUAGCCAGGGACGUGAUGGAGCGCUGCAUCCACUUGUCGUCGGAUAAAAGUCUGAAAAUCCGCUUGAAGGUCUUGGAUGUGCUGGAUUUGUGUGUGGUGGUUCUGCAGACACACAAGAACCAGCUCCUUCCCUUGGCUCAUCGGGCCUGGCCCUCCCUGGUGCACCGACUCACAAAUGAUGACCCUCUGGCAGUGCUCAGAGCCUUCAAGGUUUUACAGACGCUGGGAGGCAAGUGUGGUGAUUUUCUACGGAACCGGUUCUGCAAAGAUGUCUUGCCAAAGCUGGCUGGCUCCUUAGUCACCCAGGCGCCCAUCAGUGCCAGGGCUGGACCAGUUUACUCACACACGCUGGCCUUCAAGUUGCAGCUGGCUGUCUUACAGGGCCUGGGCCCCCUCUGCCAGCGACUGGACCUAGGUGAGGGUGACCUGAAUAAAGUGGCUGAUGCCUGCUUGAUUUACCUCAGCACCAAACAGCCCGUGAAAUUACAAGAGGCUGCCAGGAGCGUCUUCCUGCACCUGAUGAAAGUGGACCCGGACUCCACCUGGUUCCUCCUGAAUGACCUUUACUGCCCCCUGCCACUCACGCCGCCCCACGCCAGCCUCCACCCCGUGUUGCUGCGUGGGGCCUCCGUACAGCAGAGCCCCUACGCCACCAACGUGCUGCGGCUGCUCCGGGAGCUGCAGUGACCUGCCCUCCUCCCCUGCUGCCGGAAGGUGGGCCAACCCACCCCUGCCGGAGGCCUUUGGGCAGCAGCAGAGAAGCCUGUGGAGGUGGAUCAGACAGCCAAUCAAUUUAUAAAUUGAUCAAUCACGCAACUGCCUAAAAAUUGGAUUGAAAGAAAAUAGCAAGCUGUUACUUAAUAUUUCAUACCUCGUGUUUGCAGAUGACAUUGUCUGUCAGCUCUAAGGGUUUAACACAGCUGCCUGCCACCUCCAUGGCCCCAUCUGCCUCCCAGACCCCUGCCAUACAUACAACCCUAAGUACGUAAGGAUGCUGGGACCGAAGUGCACUGAAUGUGUCCUCUGAACCCCUGAGAGUGGCAUUUAGGACCCCACAUCUAAGAACCUUCAGAGUACAGCUCUGCCACCACAGACAGGUCUCCAUGUGCGCCACCGUCCUCCUCAAAUGAGGAGCUGGAACUCAUUUGUUGUACCUAACCUAUUCUUUGGAAGAAAAGAAAAUAAAGGAUGAAAGUAUGA